CAGAUUUUGUAUUUUCAUAGGCGGGAACUUUAAAACAAAAGCCUAGUGUUCAGAUUGUGAUGCAUGACUUCCAUGUAAUGGUUGUUGUAUUUAAACGUCAUGAGGCUUUUAGACUUGUCAGCUGCAUGUGACUUGUCUCCAACAUAUUUGGACAAAGCAUUCAAAAAACACUUUCCAUCAGUUCAAGCAGAGCCAUGGAAACUUUAGAAUCUAUGUUGAAAGCUGUACGUGAUUUUCUUAGCUUUCUUGAACAAAAUAAACAAAGUAUUCUCAAUAUGUCGUCUGUUCCAUCUGGGAAAUUUCAUCCAGUACCAGGCUGUUCAGAAUGUUUAACCAGUCUUCCUCCUGCGAAAAAUGAUUACGUUGCUCAAACCCCUAUCGUACUGUUACCUAAACUUAAUGAAAAUCCGGACAUUAUUUCUCGGAGUUUCGAUAUAUAUUGUAGAACACCCAAGUUAUCAAAACCUACUCCUAAUGGUUUAAAUAUGCUGUGUUCAGUAUCGUCUGAACUAUAUUCAUGGUGUCCUGUUGGACUACAAGUAGAUGGGGAUUGUUGUCUUGCUGGAAUCGAAAGAAAACCAAAUCAAAUGUCUUGUAGAUUUCUAGUAACUAAUCGUGUGUCAUGUGUUUCAGAAAGUGGCCAGAUUGUAUGCACAGAGGAUAAUAAUAAAUAUUACUUACGUGGAGGAUUUUCUUGGACAACAUUUUGUGCACUUCAUCCCAUGCUGUUAAUUGAUUCACCUCCUCCUGGAAUAGUUGAUGCAUUUUCUAAUGGUUUUCCUGCACAUAAUUGGAGGAGUUGGACCCAAGGACUGCACUACUUUUUAUCUACUGCUUCUGAAGGAAUUAAGGAACCUGUAGUCGUUAGUUCUGAUGUACAACAUAUAAAUAUGCCAAAUUCUAUUUGUGCUAAUAGAUUGCCAAAGGAAAAUCAAUACAAGCGUAUACUAAAUUCAACCAAUCGUAAUGUAGACCUAGAUUCAUUUGUUGGAAAUACAUUUCGUGAUUUGGAAAAAGAUCUGGAGGUUGAUGAUCCUGUGAAGACAAAAGGUAUUCAAACAAAUCCUAAUCAUAUUCAUAAUAAAUCACCUAAUAAUAAAUCAAAAGAAAAUCAUAAUAAUAAUAAUAAUAAUUUAUCAAUGGAUUCAUUUUCUCAUUUCACUUCAGUAUCCGAUAGUAACCAAUUAAUAACUAAUAAUCUAUCAAAAAAAUUAAAAAAAAAGAAAAAAUUCAAUAAUAAUAAUAAUAAUAAUCAAUAUCAUAAAAUCAAUAAAUCUAUAAAACAAAAAAAUCAUUUCAAUAAAAGUCAAUUACGUCAUUUAUUAACAAAUCAUCAAUCAUCUUUAUUAAAUGAUCAAAGUGAUAAUAAUAAUGAUGAUGAUGAUGAUAAUAGUAAUAUUGAUGAACGUUAUCGUUUAUAUACAGCUUCAGGUAAAGUAGUUGAUGUUAGACAAUUAAAUCGUACAAGAUCUGGACGCAUCGUCUUACCGAAGCUAGAUUCGCGUUAUGAACAAAGUGUUGUUUUGAAUGGUGGACAUGUAAUGGGUGUCAGUCGUAAUACAGAUGAUCAGACUUUAAUAUCUUGGGUUUCGGAAUCAUCUAGUCAAUAAAAUAGAAAUGAUGAAAACUUGACUUCAUUAUGACACUUACGUGAAAAUCUGGAUCUGGUGUCUCAACAAAUUCAUCCCAUAAACGUGGAGGUACAACUUGGACGGGAAUAAAAUGCCAAACAGAACGUGGAUGGCCUGUAACACUUGACUAAAUGUUUAGAGAAAACAAAAGUAAACAUCCAGUUGUAGUACAUGAAGAUUUUUAGUUGAAGACAAACACUAACUCGAAUGAUAUAAGAAUUCAGGGUGUAUAAUUCAACAGUUGUAUCUUAUUUACGGUUAGACAUGAAGCUCCUGGAUUGAAUCCGUAGACAGUUAUAGGUAUGCACUGUUGAAGAUCGUCAAACAAGAUUAUGUGAUUUAGUUUACAAACAGGGUUCACUGUGUUGUGUAUGGUUACGUAUUGACUCCGGAAGCAAGAUGGAGUAGCACAAAGUAUGCAUCAUUCCCUAUAUAACCUUUUAGAGCAUAGUCCCCAAAAACCGAGAAUACAAGUAGAAUUCAUAAAGUUUAUUGCAACUAGAACCGAUGAUGGGAAAGAGUAAAAUGCUUACGUAGUUUCUGUUAUAUCUUGAUAAACAAUUCGGUCAAGUUAUGGCAAUUUCUAAUUAUGAACAAGGAAUCAACGAGAACUCUGGUAAAACUGUACUAUAUCACCGAACGAAUGGUGAACGUAGAAACUACUUCAGGAUCACGGUGUAUAAAUCGAAAUAGAAUCAAAUAUGAAUGUUACAAAUAAGGACUAAGAGUUAGGGGUUAAGAAUUUCAUAACGAACUAAGAUUAAUUAGAGUACAAGGUUAACAAAUUUCAUGCGGGGGUAUAGUAAUGCUUUACUCCAAACUCAGUAAGUACAGUCACUAUGACAAACAACCCUUCAACAUUUAUCUCUCAAACAAGAGGAAGGAGACAAUAUUGUAGAAAGACUUAGAUAUCCCAGAAGUUAGAGUCAAAUUUGAAAUGAAACACCUCUGUAUAUAUAUAAUAACAUAAAAUGACCGUAAGACGAUGAUAUAAGCAAACAAUAGCUAAUCAGAUAACAGCAGACGUUGUUGCGGAUAGAUGAAUUAGAAAAAUGGUAUCGCCGUUCUCCGUAGCAGCUAGGACUACCCUUUGCAAACAAAAAAAACUAGACAGCCGGAGAUCACCUUAUCAGUUUCACGAUCUUUUGAAGGAAGUGUGAAGAUCAGCCAGUACGGAUGAGCUAUCGGGGUACCAGAUCUAACCAUACGUAUGCGAUAUAAAAGUUUCAAAUUAGUGAUUAAAAACAAUCACUUUUUGGCUGAUUUCGUUUAAAAUUCUGAAACGUAUUACAUUUAUUAACAAGCUUCAAUUCUAACUAAAUAUGCCAAUGGUGACAAUGCAUUAACACAAUUAAUGGGAUUUUAUGCAAGAUUUUAAAAAAAACAACCAACCUGUUCCAGUUCAAUUGCUAAACAAGGAGUUUUACGUCGAACUAAUUUUAUUUUCAACCCAAAAUUAGAUCCAAUACGAGAUUUAUUCACUGAUGUAUAUGAGGUUGAUGUGGAAUUUGAA